GUUGCUCUUGGUUUAAUGAAACUAACAUCAUGCUUGGAGCGGGCCUUGGGUGAUGUAUAUUUACUGAUUGGUACAGAUUGCCCUUUUCUUCUAAGAGACUUACUUGCUUCUGAGCAGCUUGCAGUUGUCUUCGGAAAAGCUGUAAUGAAUGUACUGAUAGUAUUCAUUGGAUCUCCAUAUGGUCUGAAUCUUCGUAAUGUUUUGUGGCAUGGGUUUGCAUCCCCGCAAGAAAUUCCUGCAAAAUAUUGUGCUAUGCUGCUUUUUUUAACUGCAGGAUUGGGUCAGUUGUUACAGACAUAUCUUCUGCAAACCAAAUGUAACUUGGUACAUCGACCCUAUGUGAUUUUCAUGGGUUUAGAUGAGCUUGACAUAUUUCCAGAUCUUAAUCAUGAAACACUUUCCAUAGCAGAAGAGCUAGUAAAACUGUCCAGUUUCGUAUUAAAAGCAAUGUUACCAUUUUGGAUGGCUGCUCUAACAGCUUUCAAGCAAAACAGGUAUGCUGACUGUGUGAUUCUCUUACUUCCUCAGCUGGAGGUCGGACUUAGAUUGCUCUUCACUACAACGAAUAAAUGUCCAAAUCGAUUGCUGACAGCCGAGGCUUCUGCUCUCUAUACCACUUUUGAUGAGAUGUUAGCAAAGCAUUUGCAUAAUGAAGAAGUCAAUCAGCUUCCUGCAGUUCUUGAGGAACCUGCCAUGGAAUUUCUUUGGGAUUUCUUGAACCACCAGGAGGGUCCACGUAUAAGAGAUCGUUUGAGCCAUGGAGAGAUCAAUCUAGAAACAUUUCCCAGAGAAGUAGCUAAUCAGAUAGUUGCAUUUGCAAUUACUCUUCUCUGCAGAUUCUCAGAUGAGGACAUGUUUGCCUUUAAGGAACACGUGGUCAUUAAACCACUGAUGAAGUGUGCAAGUUGCUACCAUUCUCGAUUUCAUCCAAUUUCCCGGCUCAAGAAACAGGUGUUGGAAUGUAUGAAGAGCAUUUACUUAUGGCCUGAAUUGCCAGCAGUGCCUGAGGAACAUGUUCAAACAUUUAAAGGGUUUCAAGGAAAUGAUGAAGCUGGUACUUUAAUUUUGAUGUUAUCUGAAAUUGUGUCUCAGUUGCAACGAUACAUGCCCCAGAACUGCUGUAGUUCAGAUGAUCCAGUCAAUAGCAUUCUAACAGAGAGGCUGUUGAUUGAACUUGGCCAUAGACAUAUUCGCACGCUUUAUUCUCCAAGACCUGUUCUGGAAAUACUACUGGUACUCCGUAAAAUAAGCACACAGUGCCAUCGAGUGUCUGAACAAGUUAUUGCCAGCACCAAGUUGAGAUACAAACAGUGGAUGAACAAGACUUUACGUUCUCGACAGAGGCAUAACUAUCUACGAAUGCUGAACAGCAUUAAAUUUUUGUCUCCAGUGUUGCGGCUCAUCUUAGUGUUAAUUACUCUGGAACUAGCCAAUGUCCAUUUGGUUUGUAAGAAGAAUCCUUUUGAUUACCAGCAGUAUCUGAAGUUUUUGAAAUCAGUCUUGCAGUAUACUGAGAACUUGGUGUCAUACACAAGCCCUGAGAAAAACAAGUGGGAUGAAACCAUGGAGCUUACAAAUAAAGCCUUGAUAAAAAUAAGGAGAAUCAGUGAAAGAAAUCUAAUGUUAAUGCAGCUAGUUACAUAA